AUGGGGGGCGUGGUGUGCCGGCUGUGCUGUGGCCGGCCCUAUGAGACGGGAGAUAUCCUGGACUCACCGGGCAAGCCUUGGCCCUACAAGCAGACAGAGGACAUGGUUGGCUCUGCGGCCUCCUGCCGGGAUCGCAACUACGUGAACUUCAUGAUGAUGAUGACCUUCAUGGGCUUUCCCAAGGUGGAGGCCUGGGAGCGGUGUAUCCCCUUCGAGUCCCAGGCCUCGCCCUUCGUGCAGGGCCUGGGGCUCUUGGAGCAGAGCCAAGGCAACACGGAGGAGGCCAUGGCCAAGGUAGCGGAGACCUUGAAGAAGGGCAAGAGCGUCAUCGUGGGCUCGGUGCGGAUGGGCUACGGCCACCACCGCAUCGCCUACAGCGCGCUGACCUGGGCCUUGGAGCUCGGGGGGGAGCCCUACCUGCUGGAUAUUCUGUCGCCCGAUUGCGUGGAAGCCGCGGUCGUGCGUAACAUGGACAAGCAGUACUCCCGCAUGUCUCGCAUUGCCUCGAACAUCGGCGGCGUGGUCGAUGCCAUGUGGGGCAAGAUGAUGCUCCAAGGGGACGCCAACGCCCUGAGAUGUUGCCUGUCCCUGGCGCAGCGCAUCCGCGGCAUCAUGGCGGCCUUCCCAAAGGACGUGCCGGUGAUCAGCUCCCAUCCCAUCGUGGGGAACAUGGCGGUGGCCUGUGGCUUCAAGACUGUCAUCAAUUUGGUCUUCGACAAUUACCCACAGUAUUUCGUGCUGGUUCCGGGUGCCAUCAACCUGGUCCAGUCCCCCAGCUACUUCGACAAGCUCUUGGACAUGGGCUGCGCAGCGAAGUCUCUACGUCUGGCUGGGCAUUGGGUGUCCAGCGAUCUCUGCCUCAACACAAAGGCGGACUCCGAGGCGCGGCUGCAGCGCAUGGAGAAGAAGCUGCCGCGGCGGUUUUUGAUCGCGGUGGGGGGCGCCGGCGCGCAGCGGGCCUUCCUGGAAGGAUUGCUGGGAGGCAUUGCCGACCUCUUGCGCGAGAAGCGCAUUCGCAUCUACCUGAACUGCGGGGACCACGCGCACAUCGGCGACGCCAUCUCGGCGCGGCUGAAGCAGCUGGGCCUCGAUUGGGACGAGGUGACCACAGACGAGCAGACCGUGGCGCUCUGCAAGAAGGAGGCGCUUGGAAAGCUAGAGGAGCCAGAUGGCUGGAAGGCGGUGACGUUGCUCCGCUUCGACUCCCACUUCGCCGCCUUCCGCUGCACCGACCUGGUGAUCCGCAUCAGCGACGUGCUGGUGACGAAGCCCUCUGAGCUGGCCUUCUUCCCGGUGCCGAAGCUCCACAUCCGGCGCGUGGGGGCCCACGAGGCCCACAGCGCGGUGAGGGCCCAGGAGCUGGGGGAUGGCACCGUGGAGUGCCGCGAGGUUCCUCACGCCGUGUCCAAGCUGAACCAACUGAUCGAGGACCAGAGUCCUCUCUUCAGACUUCUGAACGAGUGCAUCAUCAAGGCUGCGGAGAUGAAGCUCUACGACGGCAGCCGCGUCGCCUGUGAGCUCGCCUUCGGCGGAGAUUCGAAGGCGGCGCCGGCAGCGGCGUCGAAGCCGCCCGCAGCGGAGAAGAUUGAGGCUGAGAAGCCGACGGUCCAGGAGAAGGUGGUGGAGAAGGUGGCAGAGAAGGUGCCAGAGAAGGCGCCAGAGAAGGUCGCCGCUCCCAAGGCCGCGGAAAAGGCCGCUGCUUCAAAGAAGGGGAAGAAGGAGAAGGCAAUGGCUUCGGCGUAG